AAGCUAAUGCUAAAGUACUAGGUUAAUGAAUCUCAACCAUAACGUCGUUAAUUCUGCAUUAGUGACAGACUUAAUAUGGAAGGAGGAGCUACCACAUGUCUUGAAGGAAUUUUCGCUAUCUACUUCUCUUAGGGAGUGUUACUGCGAGCAAUGUGAGGUUUGAAUACCAGUUAAUUUACUUUUACGUUGAUUGAGGAGCCCCGUGUCGUGUUUUUUUUCUGUAAACAAUAUCUUGCAUAUUAUAGCCACUAUAGAUUUGAACCUAUUGCGUCUUUUAUCCACAAAAUGCAUCUACAUAUGCUUAUGGAUAGAACCAAAUCAGGGGGAGAUCGUCCGUUUGUGGACGCAUCCUUGACUGCAUUUAGGAUGCAAUGGAUCCAAUCCAUUUCCCUGGUUAACUUUUUUUAUCUCCCUGUUGUAGUGGGCAAUGCUCAAUCCGUGUGAUUUUGAUUUCCUUCUUUUUUUGUUUGUUUUGAGGCAUUACUUUUACGUUUUAUUUAGUAUAUAUAUAUAUAUAUAUACUAAUAUAUAUAUAAAUAUAUAUAUACAUAGUAAGGGUGAGCGGAGUCUGGCGUUGCUCAGAUAUCAUCACCCAUCGAUCGUUCAUCCGGGGCGCCGUUUAUCCGGGCUGUUCCCGUAUUAGCCGAGGACGUCAUGUUCUACAAACUGAUUUUACAGCGCAACAUCGUCGUCGCGCCGCAGGACCUCGGGCGGACGCUCUAUCGUCGUCUUAUCCACUUCCUCCGCGAGGCCGUGGAAGGGCGGCCGCUGCCCGCCCCCGAUAGCAUUGCCAGCAUCUCCGUCGAUUACCACUCCGCGCAAAAAGCCUCCGCCGUCGUCGUCGCCGUCCUCGACGUCCUCCACGCAAAUGCCCUCCAAGGGAAGGUGUUGGAUAACGGCUCCGUUUCCUUUCGCAUCACCUACGCCGCGAUCGUAUUGAAACUCCACCGUGGUGAGGUCCUCGAUCUCAUCGUCAGCCGCGUGGGCGUGGAUGGGUGUUGGGGGGAUGCGUGCGGGGUGGGGAAAGUUUUCGUCAGCCACGCGCAGAUGUCGUCCGACCCCGCGUGGAGUGAAUGGAGCUACGAAUACGACGGCGGGGAGGGGUUUUGGAUGAGCGCCGAUCACACGCGCAGCAUCCGCGUGAACGAUCUGAUUCGGGUUCGCGUGAUCGCGGAGACGCCGCAAUCCCACGACGCCAUCGCGAUCGCGACGAUGGCAGGGCCUUUCCUUGGACCGUUGUAA